AUGAAGCCCGCCGUGACGGUGAAGCAGCGCACGCUGCUUAUGAUCGCGGCGUUCCACGGGAGCAUGCGUGUGCUGUCGCUGCUGGCGGUGAACGGCGCAGACCCGGCGGUGGUCUCACCGGACGGGAUGACGGCCUACGAGUUGGCCUAUGCUGGCAACCAUCCCAGCACGCCCACGAUCGUGGCCUACCUGCGCGACGCGGAGAGCAGCCUGCAAGUCCUGAGGGGCCAAGUGGACGUGUCCAAGGCGCCCCUUGCCCAGCCGCCACCGUCGGGGAGUUUUGGCAUGGAUGGCAUGGGCCCGCCUGGGGAGGGGGUGGAGAUGCAGCAGCAGCAGCAGCAGCAACAGCACCACUACAGGGGGCCGGUCUGGGGCGUUCCAAUGGGCAGACAGGAGUCUGGGUCCGAUCCUUACAACCCCGAUGUCUUGCCUUAUUCCACUUCGGAACUCACAAAGGCAGAGUACUCAACAGACGAGUUUCGCAUGUAUUGUUUCAAGGUGUUGCGCUGUUGUCGACGCUAUGCACAUGACUGGCGGGCAUGUCCAUUUGCCCACCCCACUGAGAAUGCUCGUCGCCGCGACCCACGAGACUACAGGUACUGCAGCAUAGCCUGUCCCAACUACAAGCAAGGAUUCUGCAUCCGUGGGGAUGUGUGCCCUUAUGCCCAUGGCGUCUUUGAAUGUUGGCUGCAUCCAUCAAGAUACCGGAGUCAGCUCUGCAAGGAUGGCAACAAGUGCAGGCGCCCAGUAUGCUUUUUUGCCCACAGCCUUCCAGAGCUUCGGACUCCUUCACACACAUGGGUGCCAACAGCAGAGGACGUUGCAUGUGUGCCAAAUGGACAGUUGGCUCCCAGCAACUCUGCUCCCCAGGGAUCACACAGUGGCAGUGUGCAAGGUGGACCUGUGCCACACAACCAGGCUUCAGCACCCAUGGGCCCAGCCAUAUCUGCGCACAUCAGCCUGCCACCUGUCGCAGUGCCAAUGCAACCACAGGUCCCGGGUACGCUUGCCCCAUCAAGGUCAGCCCCCGUGGGGACCCCUGUCUCUUCGUCACAAAGCCCGCAUGCGCCCAACGCUCCUGAGGUGGCCGUGGGGAACGGAAGCCAACAGGCGCCAGAAGGAGUCACAGGUGUGACGGCUCCACGAAUGUCCAAUGCAUUUGCACGAAAGCAUGGGUUGAACCCAAAAGACAGCCCCCUAGUGAACCUUCAGAAGAUGGCCGUUGCUGGGCACAUCCCUGCUGCCCCCGGACCCGCAGGCAAACAGCCCGAUGCCUCUCAAGUUCUCCCCAUCCUGCCACCCGAAACUGCUGCCCCCAUGGUGAAGGGUGCCAACAGGCAGAAGAAGCUUCUGAAGCAGACAAGCCAGGCCACCCUAGAGGCGCUUGCACUGUCGAUGAACAACAUGAGUUUGAGCUCGAGCGGAAGCCAAGGGCCCGAGAGUGAGCGGCUCGCAGCCAGUCAUGCAUCAGAUGGUGGCCCUGCCAGCGGGCGUGGACUUUACCCUGGUGGCCCGCUGUCGGCGCCAUCAGUCGUUCCCAGCAGUGAUGCGGCGGUGCCGCAAGUUGGGCAGGGUCAGUACAUGGGUAAUGGAUAUAUUGUGGGCUCUCCAGGUGGCCCUGGUGGAUAUGCACCCAUGGUAGCUGGAGCUCAGCCAGGAGCAUCUCCUGCCAUGGUUGGACAGCCAGGGGCCAUUGGCCUGCACCCAGCUCAGCAAUGA